AAAAGAUUAGUCUUACUUAACCUAUUCAAUGGAUCACAAAAAAACUUUUCAUGUCUGAGGAUGGAUUAUUAUGAAAAAGGAAACAAAAUAAAAAUGAUGCACUGGAUAUUGUUAAUCUGCUUUGCAAGCUUAACACUUUCCUUGCCGCUUACUGAGAAACGAUCCCGGCGAACAAGAUCUGACAGUUAUGAAUCAUACACAGGCCUGCAUGGAGCAAUGAUGCAACCUAUGCAACCUAUCUAUAGAAGAAUUCCAAUCCCAAUGCCCUACCCAGUUUUCAGACCAAUAUUUGCUCCUCAGAGACCUAUCAUGCCACCAGUGUUUAUGCCACAACCACCAAUUCUACAACCUCCUCCUCUACCACCAGUAAUUGUACCUCAACAGCCCCUAGCACCACCUCUUCCUCCUCCUUCAUUUCCCCCUGUUAUUGUGCCUCCCCAGCCUAUUCCACCUCCUCCUCCUCCUCCUCCUUUGCCUCCCAUUAUUAUUGCCCCAGAACCCAUUCCACCUCCUCUUCCUCCUGUUUUGCCUCCUAUUAUCAUUCUUCCAGGUCCAGAAAAUGGACCUGUAGCAGGCCCAGACUCAGGCUUUAUCCAGAACUCAGGAGCCGGUGCUGCACCAUGCCCAGGAUCAGGUCCUGUUCCACCGGAGAAACCAGUUCCUUCCUUUUCUAUCCCUAUACCAUUUCCAUUUCCAGUCCCUGAGCCAGUUCCUGUGCCUGAUCCUCCACCUCCUCCAUCUACUCCUCCUGCAUCACCAUCCUCACCAGUUGUCAUAAUUUCAACACCUGAUGACCCUAUACCCCCUGAAGCACCUCCAGUUAUAAUAGUACCACCUACUUUAGGUGAAUCUUUUGGAUCAGGGACAAAUGGAGGAUUUCCUGUUUCUUUUGAUGGGAUUGGUGGUAACAAUGGUUUUGUAUUUGGAGGGGGGAGAUAUGAAAUUGGUGGGGUAGGAGGGGGUGGAUAUGGUGGAGGUGAUGCUGGAGGUGGAAAUGGUGGUGGUGGAUUAUAUGGUAAUGGUGGAGAAGGAGGGGGUGCUGGUGGAGCAGGAGGAGGUGCAGGUGGUGGAGCAGGAGGAGGUGGUGGAGGAUUUGGUGGUAUUGGAGCAGGAGGAGGUGCUGGUGGUGGUGGACAUGGAGGUGGUGGUGGAGGAUAUGGCAGAGGUGGAAAUGGAGGAUAUGGUGGAGGGGGAGGAGGUGGUGGUGGUUAUGGUGGAGGUGGUGCUGGUGGUGAAGCUGGAGGUGGUAAUGGUAGAGGUGGAAGUUAUGGUGGGUAUGAUGGAGGUGAUGCUGGAGGAGGAGCAGGAGGAGGUGCAUAUAGUGGAAGUGGUAUAGGAGGAGGUGGAUAUAACAGUGGUGGAUAUGGAGGAGCGGGUGGUGCUGGAGGAAAUGGAUUUGGAGGAGGUUUUACAGGUGAAAUUGGUGGAGGUGCUGGUGGUGGUGGACUUAUUGGAGGGUGGUUUGGAGGUGGAGGAGCAGAAGCUAAUGGCUAUGGAAAUGAAGGAUAUGUAAAUUGGAACACAGGAUGGAGUACAGAUAAUGGUCGAGACAAAGAAGUCGCUCCACCAGUUUUUAUUUUUCCUUUUCCUGCUAAAAUUUCAUCUGUAGCAGCAUCAGAUACUUUGUAA